AUGGGGCGAAUUAAGAAGAAGGGAACUUCCGGCCAGGCCAAAAACUACAUUACUCGUACCCAAGCCGUGCGCAAACUUCAGAUCUCGCUGCCGGAUUUCCGUCGACUAUGUAUCUUCAAGGGAAUUUACCCUCGUGAGCCCCGUAACAAGAAGAAGGCAUCCAAGACGUCCACGCCGAACACUACCUUUUAUUACACUAAGGACAUCCAGUACCUCCUGCACGAACCACUACUAGCCAAGUUCCGUGACCAGAAGUCCGUUGCGAAGAAGAUUGCUCGUUUCCUCGGCCGUGGUGAGGUCAGCGAUGCAGCACGCUUGGAGAAGACCCAUGCUCCCAAGCUCACUCUCGAUCACGUUAUCAAGGAGCGCUAUCCCACCUUUAUCGAUGCUCUGCGCGACCUCGAUGAUGCUCUCUCCCUGCUUUUCCUUUUCGCUACUCUUCCUUCGUCUGACCAUGUUCCCGCCAAGACCAUUGCUCUGUGCCAGCGUCUGUGCCACGAAUUCCAACAUUACCUGAUCAUCUCCAACUCUCUGCGGAAAUCUUUCUUGUCCAUCAAGGGUAUCUACUAUCAGGCUACUAUCCAGGGCCAGGAUAUCAUGUGGCUGGUUCCCUACCGAUUCGUGCAGCGCGUGAACGGCGACGUGGACUACCGCAUCAUGGCCACUUUCGUUGAUUUCUACACCACCCUCUUGGGCUUCGUCAACUUCCGUCUUUACACUUCGAUUGCGUUCACUUUGGAGGGUCGUACCGUUGGGGAGCAGCCAAAGGCCCUGGAGCCCAGCAAACAGACCAAUGGACACUCGAACAACGAAGUCUCCAAGGAAGUCCAGGCCAGGGUGGACGAGGUGAUCAAGUCAGCGGGACUGGACAAGGACCAGAAAGAGCAGCCCGUGGAGGCAGCUGAAGAAGACACUGAUGCCAUUGACCGAUUCGAGACCGCCGCCCCAGAGGCCGACACCCUCCCCCAGCCUGAUCUGAGCGGAAACGAGGCCGGUGCCCUUUUCGCCCCCUUUGUGUUCUACAUCUCGCGUGAGGCCCCCAAGGCUCCUCUGGAGUUCAUUUUGCGCGCUUUCGGCUGCCGUCGAAUUGGUUGGGACGUUGUCCUCGGCGGCGGUGCUUUCACCCAUGAUGAGACCGAUCCCCGUAUCACUCACCAAAUUGUUGAUCGCCCCCAACUGCCCGAGUCUUCUCUCCCGGCUAUCCCUGCGGCUAGCGAUGCUCCUCAGAAAGUGAAGGCUGGCACUCGUAUCCCCGGACGUACUUACGUCCAGCCUCAGUGGGUUUGGGACUGUAUCAAUGAGGGCAAGCUUCUUCGUGCGGAUCUCUAUGGGCCUGGUGCCACUCUUCCCCCUCACUUGAGUCCUUGGGUCAAGCCUUCUCGUGGUGGGUAUGAUCCUCGUGCUCCUCUGGCUGAGCAAGAAGAGGAAGGCGAGGCUGAGGAGGCCGAGGAUGCCUCUGAUAGCGACGAAGAGAUGGAGGACGAAGAGCCCGUUGAAGAGAAGCCUACUGUCACUGCUGAGGAAUCUGAAGACGAGGCUGAGGAGGCCGAGGAUGCCUCUGAUAGCGACGAAGAGAUGGAGGACGAAGAGCCCGUUGAAGAGAAGCCUACUGUCACUGCUGAGGAAUCUGAAGACGAAUCUGUUGAUGGCGGCAUGGAUGUUGCCGGCUCUGACGACGAUAGUGAUGAGGAAGACGAGGACGAGGAAGUAGAAGAAUUCGAGGGAGUCGAAGAGGGAGCCGAGGAUGAGUCGGGUGAAGAUGACGACGACGAGGCUGCUCGCAACCAGCAUCAGCGUGAACUCGAGGCCGAAGCCGCCGGUCUGCCGUUCUCAUCCAACAGCGUUGCUGACGAAGCUUCUAAGAAGAAGACUGCUAAGUCUAAGAAGCUUGCUGCCAAGAAGCGCCAGGAAGAGGAAGAGCUGGAGCGCCAGAAAAUGAUGAUGAGCCGCAAGAAGCGCAAGUUGUUGGAGAAGAUGACCUACUCCAACAAGAAGCAGUCUGAGGAGGCUGCCAAGCUUCGCUCUAAGCGACGCAAGCUGGAGAAGGCUCAGAAAUAA